AUGUCCUUCAUCUUCUACACCUGCUGCUUUGCUAAAAAAACACCACCUCAUUCCUUUUUCACAUCUGAUUUUACUGCUGCUGAUAAUACACUACCUCUCACCUCCUUUACACCUACUGCUACUGCUGGUGAAAAUACAGCAUGUCCUUUAUCUUAUACACCUGCUGCUACUGAAAAUACAGAUGGUAAUCCUCCUCUUGAAGAUGAUGUAGGUCCAGUUGGAUCUGAUUCUUUAGAUGAGGGUUCUGAUUUCUCAACUAAUGAUUGUGAACAAUCUGUACAUGAGAUAAUAGGGGAAGAUGAGGAGGGAUACACAAGUGAUGAUCCUGAAGAGGUUAGAGAGUUGAGGGUUGAAAGGAGGAGUGUAGUUCAGAGGAGAAAAAGAAGGAAGAGGGCUAAACAUGAUAGUGAAAAGGUACCAGCAGGUGAAGCUAGCAUGGAUCUUGGUUUUGAUGAAACUGAAAUAGGUAGGGUUAGUCUUGAGGGAAGGUUAGGAUAUGAUGAGCCUUACUAUGGAAGUUCUGAUGAUGAUAGUUUUCAAAUAGAUGAGGAUGAGUGCUGGGAUAAUGAAGAAGAUAUUGAAUCUGGUGGGGUAAAUGUGCCAAGAAGGAACAAUGCUAAGAACAAAAUCAUUCAUGACCCAACUGCUAAGAAAGUUGUUUGGCAGUUGGGUAUGGUCUUUAAAGAUGUUAAUGAGUUCAGGGGAGCUGCAACAAAAUAUGUUGCGCAAAAAAAGGUUCUGGUAGAAAAGUUUGUGAAUGAGCCAAAAAGGGUUAGGGUUAGGGUUAGGUGCAGGGAUGGUUGUCCAUGGGUAUUGCAGGCUAAACUUGACAACACCACAAAUGAUUUCCAAAUAAAAACUUACAAUCCAAAGCAUACUUGCCUUCAAAGCACCAGAAAUUACUUGUGUAAUGCAAAGUUUAUUGUUGAAGUGUAUAGAAAGAGAAUAACUGAGCAGCCAAACAUUAGAGUGUUUAAAUUGCAAGAACUAAUUAGGAAAAAGUUUGACCUGCAUGUUGGUAAGACUACUGUUAGGAGAGCAAGAGCAAAAAUACUGAAAGAAAUCAUAAGUGAUCAUAUUUUGGAAUUUGGAAGAAUCCUUGACUACAAGGAUGAACUGUUAAGGACCAAUCCUGGGAGCACUUGUGUAGUUAAACUUGCUGAACCAAAUGCUGAUGGUAAGCCUGUUUUCAAGAGCUUUUACAUCUAUUUUGAUGCUUUGAAGAAAGCAUUUCAGCACUGUAGAAAAUGUAUUGGUAUGGAUGGGUAUUUCUUGAAAGCGGUUUGUAGAGGGCAGUUGGUGGUGGCUGUGUGUAAAGAUGGUAAUAACCAAAUAGUGCCUCUAGCAUGGGUUGUAGUUGAAUAUGAAAACAAGAACACUUGGACUUGGUGUAUCAGUAUUUAAAGGAAGAUUUUGCACUUGGAGAUGGGGCAGAUUUAACCUUGAUAACAGAUAUGCAAAAGGGACUAUUUGCUGCUAUUCAGGAUCUGCUACUUGCUGCUGAACACAAAAGCUGUGCUAGACACAUCUUGGCUAACUUCAUCAAAGAUUAGAGAGGCCUCCAAUGGAGACAACAGUUCUGGAGGAUGAAGUUGCUUGGUCCAAAGAAAAUGAUGGAAAAAUUGAUGUACUACAACAUAGACUCUUAGUGUAAGGUCUACUUCAACACCACUGUUAAAUGUGAUUCAGUUGACAACAAUAUGGCUGAGUGUUUUAAUGCUUGGAUCCUAGCUGCCAGGCACAAGACAAUCAUAACUAUGCUUGAGGAGAUUAGAGUAAAAAUGAUGACAAGGAUUGGAAUCUUGAGAGAGUUUGCAAAUACUUGGAGAUGUAACUACUCUCCAAUGUGUAUAAAGGUGUUAAAGGAAAAUGUUACUAGGUCAAUGUAGUGUAACAUUGACUUUAAUGGAGUUGCAGGCUUUGAAAUUAGAGAAGGACUAUGUGUGCACACUGUGGAUAUGGCUAGAAGGGAGUGCAACUGUAGGGUUUGGCAGCUGAAAGGUAUUCCAUGUACACAUGGUUUAGCUGCAUUACAGUUCAAGAAGUAUGAUCCACUUGGCUACAUUGACCGUUGCUACAACAAAGAGACUUACCUGAGAACAUAUAAACAUGUUCUUCAACCAGUCACAAACAUGGAAAUGUGCGCUGUCUCUACCCACCCCAUUGUGGCUCCACCAGAGAUCAAAAGCAUGCCUGGUAGGUCACCAAAGGCCAGAAGGAAGAAGGCCAAUGAACCUAGGAAGUCUGGGAAGUUGCCUAGAACUGGAAUGGCCGUGACAUGUAGUAUCUGCAAUAAUAGAGGCCGCAACAAGAGAGGGUGUCCAAAAAAACAAGGUAUAGAGUCAUCAACAAGAACAGAACCAACAAGUUCUAGUAGGGGAAGUGCCAAGACAUCACAACUAGCAACUUCAAGCAAGGGCAGGGGCAGACCAAAGAAAGCAACAACAGAAGUUCAACCAAAUGACAAGAGGCCAAGAGGAAGACUUAGAAAAAAUGCCCCAGCAGUAGGAAAGAGACCUGCUCAAGUUCAAGUUUCAUCUUCUGCACCAUAUAAAAGGCCUAGAGUCAUGGAAAUGGGUGUCUUUCAAGCUGAAAAUGGGUUCAAAAAAUUCUAAUCCUGGCAUGUCAAGCAACAGAAUUAACUCCACUGGUACAACAAAGGUGACCAGAUCAGCUGAGGUAACUGGUGACAUUGGUUACAAGCCUAGUGCAAAUAGCAAGCUGAAAUGGAGAGGUACUGAAGCAAUCACAAGAAGGAAAAUACAAGAGAUCCAGCAAAGGAUGAAUAGAGGGACAAGCAAAUUAGUAAAUCCAAGCCAAGAAAGUACCUGUUCAUAGUCCAAGAAUCCAUGGAGAAUCUAAUGAUGCAGAAAUUAUUAUUUAGACUAGAAAUCUAAUGAUGUACUAGUAUUAUGUUCUAUCGGUAGACUUUGUUGUUUUGUCUUGACAAUCUAAGUGCAACCUUUAUUUUUGGUUGUUAUGGGAUUAUUAUGCACCAUGUAUGGGUAGUUUUAUGACUGUUUUGGCUGUUAUGAAUCCAUGGUGUUUUGU